AUGUAUCAGAAGAUAGAGUACACAGAUAAAACCAGCUAAAAACCUUUACUUAUCUUCUUUCUUAUCCGACCUCAAUUUCCAAGCAGAAAUGACGGUGAAGAUAAGGCUCGCGCGUUUGGGUUGUAAACAUCGACCCUUCUAUCGUGUAGUUGUCGCCGAUGAAAAGUCGCGGAGGGACGGCAAACAAAUCGAGGUUUUAGGGUUUUAUGAUCCACUUCAAGGGAAAGAAGAUGCGAAUAGAGUGAGCCUCAAAUUCGACAGAAUCAAGUACUGGUUGUCGGUUGGAGCUCAACCAACAGACACAGUCGAAAACAUGUUGUUCAGGGCCGGUUUGAUACCCCCAAAGCCUAUGGUAGUGGUCGGUUCGAAAAAUGGACAGCAAUCUACAAGCCAACAUGUUUCACCCAUAACAGGUGAAAUCUUGAACUAGGAGUGUUGAUGCGCUGAGCAAGAAAGAGCCUUUUGUGUCUAUGUGAAAGGAGUUUAUGUACUGUUUGUUUAAGUGUUAAGACUUUUGUGCAACAUUGAUUACUUGAUAAACAGAGUUUGGUGAA